AUGGAAAUCUUUAAACAUUAUGAGAUUGUGCGAGCUGAGAAUCCUGGGGAAAUUCGUGAACGGGCCUCAAAGUCCAUGCAACAACGUUGGGAUCAUAUCAACGGUAAAGUUUCAAAAUGGGUGGAGGUUUACAGUUAUAAAUUACGCCACAAAAAAAGUGGAGAAUCAGAUGCAGAUGUAGAGAAAUGUGCCUUUGAAGUUUACCAAAAUUCGAAUAAUGGUAAACCAUUUCAAUUGAUGCAUUGUUUCAAUAUUAUGAGAAAAUUUGAUAAAUGGAGCCCUGAAAUAAUGCAAGUACCUUCCGAAAGCGGAGGUAGCAAUAAAAGAUCAGGCCCAGAUACACCAAUUCAGAAAGCGGCUACUCCAACUAGACCUGACGGCAUAAAGAAGACAAAGCACAAAGGAACGGAAGCGGCUACCUCUUCAAUGUCAUCAGUGAACCUCGGUUCUUUCAAUUCAUCAUUUGAAGAACGUGCUUCCCAGAGAAAUGAAUAA